AUGGCGAACUACCUAUACGGCGUGGUGUGGAACGACAAAUUCCGAUUCAAGAUCAUCAUAGAGGAGACAGAGCAAGAUCAGGCUCAGAGCCAGACAAAAGAGGUCACAGCAUAUACUUUCUACUGGCAAGAAGGUUUCGCGUUUGAUUAUACGUUCACACUCAUCGACACAUCGGGAUUCGGGGGAACAUCUGGAAUCAUGGCAGACAAAGAAAUCCGAUGCAAGAUGGAGGCAUUCUUUAGCAGAAGAGGCCCUGGUAGCAUUGAGAAAUUGGACGGAAUCGGAUUCGUUAUCCAGGCUUCAGAAACUCGGCUCACGCCUACUCAGAGAUACAUAUUUGACUCCAUCCAGACACUUUUUGGGAAGGACGUCGAGCCCAUUUUCCGGUUGAUGAUGACUUUUGCCGACGGCCAACCGCCAAAGGCUUUGGAUGCAGCAAAGGCUGCAAAUAUCCCUCACUCGUCGAUUUACAAAUUCAACAACUCGACUGUAUUUCCUGUAAGACACGAAGGAGAAGAUGAUGAUGAUUUCAAUGAGCUAUUCUGGAAGAUGGGAAUGAAGAGCUUCAAUAAGUUUUUCAUCAGUCUUGCUUCGACCCACCCAGUGGCUCUGCAAAUGACAAAGGAAGUCCUAGAAAAGAGACGAAAAUUGGAAACAUUCAUCAAUGGUCUUCAACCCCAAAUAACUGCUGAGCAUCUAAAAAAGCGAUACGAGGAUGGGAUGAAGGGGGAAAUGUCAGCCAAGACUAUCAUUGAGAAGCUACAGAAGGAAUAUGAUUAUGAGCGGGAGCAGGUUUCAAGUAUGAUCCGCGAGGCUCAUUCAUGUAAAAAGAAGUUGGACGAGAUAGCAUUGAAACCAGACCCUUUGUCGGCUUUGGACUACAUCGACCUCCUCAUUCAGUCAGAAAUACAGCGAAAACAGCCAAGGUACCUAUAG